UCUGCCAUCUAUGCGCGGCGCUGUUAACCAUUUAACAUUGGAAACAACAACAAAGCAGAAGGUCACACAAGAAACCUCGUGCGCGUACGAAAAAUGAUUUUGAAAGAUCUGUUAAAGCAACCGCCAGUUUCUAUUCUAAUUCAAGAUUCAUUCUAUGUUAAGGGAAGGCCACUGUUCCUCAGUUUGAUUCACAACUAUUCGAAAAAUGGGUAUUCUGUUCGUUACUUCAAAUAUGAUUCGCCAUUAUCGUCAGAGAAGAGCGAAAUGGAACAGCUCGAAUUUUCCUGGCAGACUUGUAUCUUUAAUGAAAACCAAGAUAGCUCUAGGACGGCAAUUGAAAGCUGUUGGAGUUCAGAUUUAGCCAAUAAUGGCAAACAUCUUGUGGUUGCAAUAGAUUCAUUAUCUCCCCUUCUUCUGAACUGGACAGUUGGGGAACUUGCGUCAGCCUUAAGGAAUCUCCAAAAAACAACAGCAGUAGCUGUGGUUGCACUCGUCCAUGGAGACGUCCACGAUAAAGAGACUGUUCAAGCACUAAACUAUAUUUUCCAUUGUCACCUAACUGUUCGGAAAGCACAGGGCCGUAACGUUUGCAGUGGUGUGUUGAGGAAAGGUAGCGGAAAGCUGGUCGACAGUGAUGAAUAUUACAGCAUUACAGACCAAUGGGAGGUGAAAGAUGUUGAAGAGGUUGUCGAACCUUCACCGAAUGUCGUAGUAGACUCUUUGCCAAAAAAUGCGGUACCAAAAUCAACUUUCAAGCUAGAUUUGAAUGCAAAAGAAGAAGAAGCCAGGAGUCAAGUUGUUUUACCUUACAUCAGGAAGCAGGCAAGCUCUGCAACAAGUGAAACUUCGAAAGGCCAAAUCAUUUACGAAGCUGAAGCACCAGAUUGGGAUGAUGAAGACCCUGACGAUGACUUAGAAAUCUGAUUAACGUUACAAUUAUCAACUCAAAUAAAACAGGUCCACUUGAAUUAAACCAGUGUAAUUACAUA